CCGUCGAUGGACUAGGAACGCCUUCGUGCGCAAAUCCAAGACUCUGUAUUUAUACGUCUCUCGCUUCGUAUAGAUAUUAUACAGAAGGUACUCUGUGGGCGGGGAUUACCGUCUACCGUUGGUGACGCAGUUUCAGCAGUUUGGUUGUUUAUUAUUGACUGUUGCUUGUUAUGAGUUAAGCCAUUAUUCGGUAUAUUCGGCCUUUCGGCCGAUUUGCGUAUCGGUUCAUAUAGUAAAGUGUGGCAAGAAUUGUUAAACGAAGCUAUAUUUUACGGAUCACGACUGUGCAGAGGCUGUUUUGCAAAAUUAAAUAUGAAUUCGUUUUGUAAAGUUUGUGGUUUUGUUGACGAAGCGUACGAUGAAAAUCUUCUAAUCCAUCAUGAGGAUACUCCAAAACAUAUGUGUAAUUUGAUUUUACUAAACUAUAAUAAUAACAAGUCCCACUUCAGUAAAAAUAGACAUGGGGUAAAAAUUUUUGGCCAUGCAAAAAGUUUGUCUACGGAGACGGCAUAUGCUAGGAAAGUUGAAAAUUGCAACCACCACAAAAUUCAAAUUGUUGUAAAACCACAACAGCAAGUAAAGUUUACAUUUGACAUUAGUAAUGACAUGAAAAAAGAGGAUCUGUUUAUAAUUGGUGUUCAACUUGCCCACCCUCAACCACAAUUUCUCAUGAAAGAAAAUCCAUUCAUAUUUGGCGAAGAACCAACUAUCAUUGCAAAAAAAACAUCAUUGAAGGGAAAGGUGUGCAUAUUAUUUAAUGCAGCAGAUAUUGGACAGUAUGAGAUGCCAAUUAUGUUUACUCUUUUCCGUAAAAGUGAUAAUAAGAACCUUAUAUUCAUCAGAGAAAUGGUAGUGUUAGUACAAGAGCACAUUGAAACAUACACCAGCAUCAAAUACCCAUACACAAAUCAAGUUUGGGAAAAAGCACCAGUGUAUGUCAGUUCCACAAGCCAGCCAUCUUGUUCGAACUACACAGUUCCCAAGUUAUUGAAGACUCUCUUGCCCCUUGGACUGGAAGAGACUUCAUUAGAGGGCUUGAAUUUACCUACUGAAGAACGAGAACAGCUCGGGCUCUUAAUGAAUUCAACCAAAAUGAUCUUCGAUGAGGGCUACAGCAAGAGGAAUUAUGUGGCCUUCUUCCAUCAUCUCCUGUGGUGGGAAGAAGUGAUUGCGAAGAUUAACUUGCGGAAUUACAACAUGUUCGGCGUGAUGCUUGUAAAGAAAGAUGAAUUCUUUGUACUCGAAGUACCAGGCCUGGCCGAGAAGCGACCAUCUUUGUUGCGAGGUGAUAGAGUGUAUGUUCGUCCACAAGGCGCGCCAGAUUAUAUGUUCGAGAGCACAAUUAAACAUAUCGAAGAUAAUACUGUCUUGCUGGCUGGAAUGGACUCAAGCUUUUUGAUGCUCUACUAUCCCGAAUCAUUAUUUGACGUCCGAUUCAUGAUGUCGCGUGUGCCAAAAGAGCGGAUGCAUGACGCCGUACACAAACUCUUUACGAGUAAACAAGAUUCGAGAGUAUUUCCCCAAAUGAAUCUGAAGAAGGUGCCUCUUCAAAAGAUCACCAGAUUCCAUAACGACAGAAUAGCUAGCAACCCAGAACAGCGAUCUGCCGUUACACACAUAGUGUCAGGGACCCACGGCCUCGCCCCGUAUAUUGUCUAUGGCCCGCCCGGAACUGGAAAGACUAUGACCAUUGUUGAGGCGAUUACUCAGCUUGUGGUCCGUAACCCAAGGAACCGGGUGUUGGUAUGCACCGACUCAAACAUGGCGGCAGAUCACAUCGCUUUGAUGCUUCUUCAGUAUAAUAAGCAACUCAACAUUACCAACUUUCUAUUCCGAGCUAACUCUCAGUGCCGUGAAUGGACGGUGAUGCCGCCGGCAUUAGCACCAGUGUCCAAUGGUAUCAGCUACGAGACGUUUUAUUCAGUUGGCAACGCUCAAGUGGCUACGUACAGGAUACUAGUGACCACGCUGUUGCAUGCUGCUAAAUAUGCAUCACCGCGCAGCCAGGCAUCUCAAAAACUUGUCAUGACCCAUCUGUUUGUGGACGAAGCGGCUCAAGCGUCUGAACCAGCGGUGUUGGUCCCCAUCACGGGUCUAUUGGCUCCCAAUGGGAAGCUGGUUCUGGCCGGUGACCCCCAACAGUUGGGACCCGUUUGCAUUUCCAGAGAUGCGAAGGAGAGGGGUUUAGGCUGCUCGUUGUUGGAGCGUCUAUGCACGACGUACUCGAACAUGUACGAAUCAAACCCGAACUACAUGACAAUGCUCGUGCAGAACUUCCGCUCCGACCCUGAUAUAUUGGCCAUACCCAAUGAAUUAUUCUAUGGAAAUAAUCUAAAGGCCUUUGCCCCAUCGGACCCGUUGAGCAAAAUCAGUAUCCUCGGUCUACCUGGCGGAAAAAGUGCAGUUGUCUUCCACGCAGUUAACUCUCGAGAACAAAGAAUGGGAAAUGCGCCCAGCUAUUUCAAUGAGAGGGAACUGGAAAUGUUGAAGCGCUACACACAAGCCUUGCUUGAGGACUACAGUGUGUUGCCAAAGGAUAUUGGUGUGAUCGCACCAUACAUCCGACAGGUGUACAAGAUGAAGAACUGGCUCAAAAGUAUCAACCAACCUGACAUCGAGGUGGGGACAGUGGAGUCGUUCCAGGGUAAAGAGAAGAGGGUGAUCCUUGUGUCGACAGUUCGGGCAAACUGUCGUCUACUUGAGUAUGAUGCCAAAUACAGCCUGGGCUUCUUGGUUGAUGACAAGCGUUACAACGUGACGUUGACACGAGCUAAGGCAAAGCUCAUAAUAAUCGGAAGCCCGAGUUGCCUCACAAGAGAUGAAAAGUGGCGAAAAUACAUGGACUUCUGUAAAGAGAAGGACAGCUACUACGGCUUGGAAUCUCAGCAAAUUGAGAGGUCUACCUCCCUUUUGGUGGAAAUAGCGAAGACUCGGUUUGACAGGUGCCGCUUGUCGGACGAGCUCAAGGACUAAUAGACAGGUAAGAAGAAAGGUCCAAGUCCAUCAAACAAAACAAAAAAAUUCGGAAAGCAUAUAUGAGAUGAAUUGAACUACAACAAAAUAUAUCGAGUUGUCAGUUUUAUUUUAUUGAUGUUAUGCUCAUUAGGUAUUUAAUAUAUGUCUAAUUAAAUUAAUUAUUCAUAUUAACAGGAGACAUUGUCUCCUACAAAAAAAAAAAAAAAGUAGUAGCUGGUAAGAUUUAAGGAUUACAUAGAUGUUUUUAAUAGAUUAUUACCUGUUCAUUUUAAGUAUUUCAACGAAAUAUAUUGUGCUGAAAUUACUGUAGUUGAAAUAAUAGGUUCACUUUGAUCUGUUUCUUUUAUUACAUAAGCUUUUAUGUCAUUCAAUUUUCUUCUUAGAUGAUAAUGCCGCUAAAUAUAAAAAUGGCUAUGAUAUCUUAAAAGAAAGUAAAAUAAUAAUGAUUAGAAAUUCAAAUGUAUUUUAAGAGAUUUCACAGAAAUUAAACUAUCAUGACAACUAUUUGUGAUCUUUAUUCUUCUAGUCUUCUACAAAAAAAAAUUUGAUGGCCUUUUUUCUCAAAAUCUAUUACUAACUGCUAGAUAGUAAAAUAAGUAUUUUUUAUUUUUUCAAAAGAGCUAAGUUAGCAUCAGGCAUUGCUAAAAUAACAAUUACAGUAUUGUUUUUACAUUUUUAUAUUAUAUUCAGCGUUUUUAUAUCUGACUGACAUUGAUUUCAUACUAUUUUGUCUAAUCACCUAUCGGCUCUCUUUAUUUCACCCUGUCACAAGGUAAUAUAUUGUGAUAUUUGUUAUAAUGGUUUUAAUACCUAUAACAUUACUAUAUUAUGUAGUAUUAUAUUAUUUAGAUAUAAGAAAUACAAUAUUUUUUAUGGACAGCUGUAUUGUCAUUUGUGAAUUUAUAAUGUGGUUGAAUGUUCAAGUUGACUUGAAUUAUUUUAUUAAAAAGAAAUUACGAUUGCAAAAUAAUUUGAUGUGUACUUAUAUCAAUUAGAUA